CCCACUACUAUACAUCGUAUACUACUGAAUAAUACAGUGAUUAGUAGAAAAGCACGAUCGACAUGGUCAAGUGGAAUGAAUUGUUACUUGGUAGUUUUUUUCUUUCUUUUUUCGUUGUUUCUUAUUUGCUUGCCUACUUACAUAGAGUCGUGUUUUAUUAAUAGGAAUAAAAAAUAGUAGCCGCUCAGCACAGGCCAGUUCCUCCACACCGAAUGGGAAUUGCUAGGCUUUCGCAGGCACUCCUCAAUUCGGCUGGACGAUCGGACAAGGAGGCGGCCGAGUCCGCACGUACAGACUUCAUGAGAAGCCAGCCAGACGGACAGCCACACACCCGCUUCACGCUCAGGACCAGGCCGCACUGUUCAUCAUCGCGGUUGGUUGGCCAGGGUCAAGUUUGUUUGACGUCCUGGUGAUACGUACUAUAGGACUGAUCCCUAGAAGUACGAUCUCAACUGUCACAACUAACUCUCAGUUACCCGGUCAAUACGUUAAUCAUUAUUCUCAGUACACCAUUUGCAAACCAUUGACAGGCACACACAGACCACUAUUGCUCUCGAUCAUACUAAUCUUAAUUAAUUAUCACCAACAUGUUAUUGAAUCACAUUAUGAAUUAAACAACUAGCCAACUAACUUGUACAUACUGAUUAUAUGGUAUAUUAAUUUUCCCACUACUAUACAUCGUAUACUACUGAAUAAUACAGUGAUUAGUAGAAAAGCACGAUCGACAUGGUCAAGUGGAAUGAAUUGUUACUUGGUAGUUUUUUUCUUUCUUUUUUCGUUGUUUCUUAUUUGCUUGCCUACUUACAUAGAGUCGUGUUUUAUUAAUAGGAAUAAAAAAUAGUAGCCGCGGUUUUUAUCUCCUUUUAGAUUUGUUUUCAAAAUAAUAGUGUAUGUUUGUUAUUAUAUAUAUGUUUUUUUUUAUGUCAGAGUUUCUGAUUUUCUUGUCUGCUCUUAUUUCCUGUAUUUUGUCAUACCUUGCACCCAUUCAAUCAUAUUAACCAUGUCGUAUUACUACCUCCCUCCUUCAAUACAGUUAUUUCAAAUCAAUUUUUUGAUAAAAUUGCAAAUUUUUGUCUUCUCAUAAUUGUCGAAACCCCUUUUUGUUUUGAAAGUCAAUAAAUAUUAUGCACAUUUAUACAUAAACAUGUAUAAUAUUUAAUUUUGUUUGUGUGUGUUUUAUUUUUUUCUAAACGACACAACAACUACAAAACUAUAAGCAAACACACUAUGUAAACAUGCUAUUUUUCUUCUCUUCACCAAAUCAAUUAUUUUAUAUUCUAUAUGAUUGAUAAAUAAUAGUUACUAAAUGAUAUCUGAAUUGAUUUUGUUGAAUGAAAAGUAGUUUGGAAAUGUAAAAUUUUUAUUUAAAACGAAUAAAGAUACUAAAAAAGAAUUAAAUAUACAGGAUUUUGUUGAAUAUUCAUUUCAUGGAAUUUAAUAAUAGUAAUAUUGUAUAUUUGAAUAUUAUUUGAUUAUUUGAUUCAACGAAUUAGUUUUCUACGGGAUUGGGUCGCUAACCCUAUAUUCAACCCUCCUCCUUUACUCGGGCUUGGGACCGACAGUAAUUCUAGAAGAGCUACAGGCGCAGUUUAACAAUAUAGUUUGAAAGUAUUGAAUGGCAUAUGUAUGCUUCGGCCUAUGAUAGCCUUAUUUUAUCUUAUAUGGAUAUUUAUGAAAUUGUUAUAUAUAACUACGUCUUAUCAUUUAUCAGAUAUUGAUAAUGAUCAUAUUGAAUUAACACAAUUAAUAAGUAAUGAUAAUCAAAUUCGUAUACGAUGUGAUGCUAAAAGUCGUAAUACAGUUGAAAGUUUAAUACUUUUAAGUUGUCCACUUAGUAAAACUGGUGUAUGUCGAGAAAAUUGUAUUAAUCCAUGUCCAGUAAAUGAAACAUCGACAAUUUGUGAUGAUGCAGUAACACUGGCUAUUCCUAAAUGCAUUUAUCGAUCUAUGUCAAAUGAUCAUAUACAAAUUGAAUAUUUAAUACAUUUAAAUGCUAUUAACGAGAAAGGACAAUGGUGGUGUACAUUUCGUGGUAAACGAUCUAAUUCUGUUGAAUUAGAUUCAUAUAAUAUUCAACAAAAGUUAACCAAUACAAUUAAUAAAAAUAAUCUAGCAAAUACGAAAACAGUUAAUAAACAUGAUACAGUUAUAGAUAUUACAACUCCAAUAGAUAUUUCUCCUAAUCUGAUACAACUAAUUAUUGGACUUGUUGGUGUUUCGAUUGCUUUCAAUAUAUUCUUUUUUGUACGAUGUUUUACUGUGAAAAAUUAUUUGAAAAAUCUUCAUAUCGGUCAUUCAAGAAAUAACUGUCUUGAUCAACUACUCUGUAUAGAUCAACCUAGAAAAUUAUCACCAAAAACUAGGCUAAAUUAUAUUCAACAUGUUAGUCCACCAGAAACGCCAAAAGUUACAGUUAAAUUAUCUACCAUAGUAACUACAACAAUCCCAAUUACAAAUGAACAAUGGAGUGAACCAAUUAACAUGAUGACAAUGAUGCAUAAUAAUCAUUCACCAUUUGUUUAUCAUAAAUCAAAUUCUAUCCCAACAUCACCUAUUACUAAUUAUCCUACUCUACAUCAAAAUGAAUUACAAUAUACGCAACAAUAUUCAGUUUUACCACAAAAUUCAUUUUAUCCCAAGUAUCCAAUACAUAAUUCAUUGAUUAAUCCUAAUCCUAAUCCUAAUCCUAAUAAUAAUAAUAAUAAUAAUAAUAAUAAUAAUAAUAAUAAUAAUAAUAAUAAUAAUAAUAAUAAUAAUAAUAAUAAUGGUUCAUCGAUGGAAUUUAUUUACGAUGAAGUUCAUAAUUCAAUUUAUACAACAACCAAUAGUCAACCAAGUGAUAAUGAGAAAAGAAAACAAACUACAUUUCAGAAAUUCCCCAAUAAUACAGUUCGAACUGUAUAUGAUAUUGGUGAUUGGCUUGUAGAUAAAUCUGGUCAAAUUUAUAUUCCAUAUGCACAAAUCACACCAAAACCUCAAAGAAUUAUAUUAAAUAAUUUUGAUUAUUCUACAUUAAGAAAAGAUGAUUUAUUAAAAAAUCCUUCAUUAUUAAAUACAGUUGUAAACAAUCAACAACAGCAGCACCAACAACAACAGGAACAGCCACAGCAACAACAACAAUAUUCAUCAACAAUUCCAAUACAAACUGGAGAUUCAAAUCCGAUCAAUAAUAAUAAUAAUAAUAAUAAUAAUAAUCCCAUGAUCAGUUCUACUCUUAGUUCACCAUUGGUUCCAGUUAAUAUGAAAAAAGAUGUAUCAUUCACUAAUCAACAAUUAUUUAUUCAAAAUAUUCCGGUUGAAGUUAAUGAAUUAGAUAAUGUUAUUGAACAAAAUGACUGCAUUUGAUCAGUCUCUCAUUUGUAUAUAUGCAUACUGUAUGGAUGGCCUCGAUAUUGACUUAAUUCACAAGCAUUCUAAGCAAAGAUGGAUAAUGGCCAGCAGUGGAAUCCAGUUUGACAUACAUUUCAUCCUAUUUGGGACUAAUUAGCUGAACAUACCUGAGACUUAAGACAAUAUCAAGACAAUCAUCAAAGAAUACACAUAUGCCAACAAAAGACUAAUCGAUUGUAAUCCUGAACAACAAUAAGAAGAUACAAGUAAAUAAUAACAAGUGGAUUUAAUUUCAUCAUUUAUUUAUUUGAUACUUAUCAUUCAAUAUGAAUCUUCUGGUGAUCGACUGGAUCAUGAAGACGUCAAAAUUUGAAGGGAAGCACGGGAUAAAGUAGUCAUCUAGGAUGGAGUUUCACUAUCUAGACUUCGCAGAUGAUCUGACUCUUCUAUCGCAAACGCAACAACAAAUUCAGGAGAUGACCAGUGUAGCAGCAGCCUCAGCAGCAGUAGGUCUCAACAUAGACAAAAGGAAUGCAAGAUUAUCCGACACCAUACAACAUUCAAUAAUCAAAUCACACUUGACGUUUAAGAUUUGGAAGAUGUAAACACCUUUACGUAUCUGGGCAGCAUCAUUGAUGAACACACUGGAUCUGAUGCAGAUGUGAAGGUGCGGAUCGACAAAGCAAAAGAAGCAUAUUUACAACUGAAGAACAUCUGGAACUCAAAACAACUGUCAACCAACACCAAAGUCAGAAUUUUCAAUACAAAUGUCAAGAUAGUUCUACUGUAUGGGGCCGAAACCUGGAAAACCAUGAAAGCCAUCAUCCAAAAGAUACAGGUGCUUAAUAAUAAUUGUCUACACAAAAUACUUCGAAUCCGUUGACCAGACACUAUCAGCAACAACCUACUAUGGGAGAGAACAAACCAGAUUCCAGUAGAGGACGGAAUCAGGAAUAAGCAUUGGAUGUGGUUGGGAUACACAUUGGGUAAAGCGUCGAACUGCAUCACAAGGCGAUCCCUCACAUGAAGUCAUCAAGGCCAAAUGAGAAGAGGAACAUCAAAGAGCACAUUAAUUUGAGAAAUGAAGACAGACAUGAGGAGAAUGAACAACAAUUAAAUAGAACUAGUAAGGAAGGCCCAGGACAAAAUGGGUUGGCGAAUGCUGUUCAAAGGCCUAUGCUCUAUUCGAAGAAAUAGGAGAAAGUAAGUAAGUAAGUAAUUCAAUAUGAAUAUUGCCAAAUGUAAAAUUUCACAAAUUCGCUUUAUUUUCAUGUCUAUUUUUUUUCUUCUAAUUAUUUCUAGGCUAAUUUACAAAAUUCUAAUAAUUCCAUAAAUAAAAACAAUAAACCAUCAAUUAGGCAAAUUGAUUUAAUAAAUCCAGAAAUAUCAGAUCAAUUAAAUAGGAGUGAAAAUAUUGAUCAAUUCAUCAUCAAUAACAUCGAUAGAUCAAUUGAAUGGAAACCUUCAAUUAAAUUACUCUCACAUAAAAUAAAUAAUAAUCAAGUAAAAGUUGAUUAUUCACUUUUAACUGAAAAGAGGAAUAAGAUUGCAGAUUUAGAAGAUUGGUCUAUGAUAGAUCAAGAUUAAUUUUUUUUGGGGUGGUGGUGGUCAGAAGUGAUGAUAAAUAUUACUGAACCGCUUUUUGAUUUAGUUUACAUUAUAUUACUUUAUUAUAAAUAGUAGUGGACACUAUAAAUUACAAAACAUUUAGAAGUAAUAAAUUCAAUAAAUUUUUUUGUUUUUG